AUGAAGGACUCGCGGGGGAAGCGCCGGUGCCUGGCCUUCCUGAAGGGGCUGCGGCUGAAAACGGACCCGAACCUGCCGGGCGCGAAGCAAAAAACGCCAUUCAACAUAAGCAGGUUCUGGCUGCUCGUAAUCAUCGUGAUCUACACGGCGACCUCCGCCUGCAUCUACUUCGACUGGAGCGCAAUAAGAAAUUUGCUCCUCACCGUGGGCAAGUACAAACACCUCAACGUGGGCGAUUACCCAGACAUCACCCUGUCCCCCCAGUACAAGCGAAUAAACAGCCUCUACCCGAUAACGCUAGCCAUACAUUUUACCAUGUCCGUUUUUUGUGGCUUUCUAUAUGACCAUAUUGGUCCCAAAUUUACAGCCAUCAUCGGACAGAUGUGCAACAUCAUGUCGUGGGUUUUCUUAUCCAUCGACUCGACUACCGUGGACACAACUUUCCUGAGCUUUGUAUUCCUGGGGUUGGGUGCGGACACUGCCUUCAUCCCCAUUUUGACCAUUUCAAAUCUUUACCCAGAUGCCUCGACCUUCAUCCUGACCGUGGUGGGAGCAGCUGCAUCGUUAAGUUACGCCGUCCCAGCUACGCUUAACUUCAUUUGUAGGAGGUACCCCUCUACGCCAUUUCCUUACAUAUGCUAUGGGUACAUUUUUCUAAUCCUCGUGCCGUGUUUACUAGUGGCCACCUUUUUGCUGCCACUUAUGCCGUUUAAGGGGUUAGACUACUACAUAGAGAGAGACCAGAGCAGGAGGAGCGGCGCAGAAGGGGAUGCUCACCGUGGAAGAAGAGGGGAUCCCAAAAUGGUUACUAGCCAAACGAAUGACGAGGUAGACGUGGAGAUGCAGCCAUUCGAAAAUGCACAGUCGGAGGCAUCCAAGGGGAGAAGUGGCAAUGGAAGCAACACACCCUCUACAAGAGGAAACACGCCAAACGGUGGCAAACAAACCAGGGGAAAAACUACCAGUGAAUCGAAUCGGAGCAGCAAGGGAGAGGGAAGUGCCAUCCAGGGGGUGGAGGAGGAAGACCAAGCAACCAACUCCUCCAAAGGGGUAAAUGAAGAAGACUCAGAUUUCCACCGAAAGAGUAUAAGUCUAUUUUUUAAGGUAUUGCUGAGCUACCCAAGCAUCUGCAUCAUUGUAUAUUUCAUCCUCUUCAACAUCUCCACGGUCUUCUACGGCAUGGUCACGGACACGUAUUUCAGUUACGACCGAUCUAUAAUAAACAUAAUAAACAUUUUGAUGCCUAUUUCCUGCAUCCCCUGUAUUAUUUUUGGGCGGUUUAUAAAUAGGUAUGGAUCCGCCAUUAUAAUUAUUCUUAUGAAUGCCUUUUCUGCUUUGAUGCAUCUGACAGCGUUGAUCAAGCACCGAGCAGCUGGACUAGUCUCCGCCUUCCUCUACAUGUGCGUCACGAGUAUCUACACAAGUCAAAUCUACUGCUUCAUUCAGAACUCCUUCCCAUCUGUCGUUUUUGGGAAACUCCUUGGAUUCGCCAGCCUCUGUGGAGGUCUCUUUUCUCUCCUGUGUGAAAAACUUUACGACCAGAUUGUCAGCAAAGAUGGGGCCAGCAUCGACCCUACGAAUGUUGUUCUCUUGCUCGUCAUCGCCUUCAUCCUCAUGUUCCUCCCCCUCACCGUUUUGUACUUCCGAAAGUAUGAGCGAUCCAUCGAGGACCUCCACCAGGAGGUAGCCAUGUCGCAGAGCUCCGGGCGCGCGUGAAGUGUUUAAACAAAUGCGCCUAGUGUGUGUUGAGCUUGUGUAUAAAGCGUAUCCCCCUCUACGUGUGACCCUUUUGUGCACCUCCUCACACUCGUGAGAGAGUGUACCCCCUUUUUGAGUCCAUCCCUUUUACUCCCCCUUUUUUGUCGUAACCUUUUUUUACCUGCAUUUGCGCCCUCCACAUUCGCAUUUGCUUUUUUUUUUUUUUUUUUUCACCUC